CCUGGGGCUACCUUUCUCCUGGUAUGCGCGGGAGGAAUCCGUCCGCUUCUGCUGCAUUCGCCGGAGCGGAGCCCAGAGCACGCUUUCGCAGCCCGGCGGCGAGCAAGCAUGAUAGCUGUCUCUUUUAAAUGCCGCUGCCAGAUUCUGCGGAGACUUGCGAAAGAUGAGAGUCCUUACACAAAAUCUGCAAACCAGGCAAGGCCACCCGAUGGAGCACUGUCCCUGAGAAGACAGAGUAUUCCAGAAGAAUUCAAGGGCUCGACAGUAGUUGAAUUAAUGAAGAAGGAAGGCACCACCCUGGGGCUCACUGUGUCGGGUGGAAUUGAUAAGGACGGGAAACCCAGAGUGUCCAACCUUCGCCAAGGAGGAAUCGCUGCAAGGAGUGACCAGCUGGAUGUAGGUGACUACAUCAAGUCUGUGAAUGGAAUCAACCUGACCAAAUUUCGCCACGAUGAGAUCAUCAGCCUGCUCAAGAAUGUUGGCGAGAGGGUUGUUUUAGAAGUGGAGUAUGAGCUCCCUCCAGUCUCUGUACAAGGAUCAGGUGUCAUCUUUAGAACAGUGGAAGUUACUUUACAUAAAGAGGGAAACACUUUUGGAUUUGUAAUAAGAGGUGGAGCACAUGAUGACAGAAAUAAAUCUCGUCCUGUUGUAAUAACAUGUGUUAGACCUGGAGGGCCUGCUGACAGAGAGGGCACAAUCAAACCCGGAGACAGGCUGCUGAGUGUUGAUGGGAUCCGACUCCUUGGAACAACACAUGCGGAAGCUAUGAGUAUUCUCAAACAAUGUGGACAGGAGGCAACUCUGUUGGUUGAAUAUGACGUCUCAGUAAUGGACUCAGUAGCAACAGCAUCUGGACCACUGCUAGUUGAAGUUGCCAAAACUCCUGGCGCUGCUCUUGGGGUUGCACUAACUACCUCGAUGUGCUGCAACAAACAGGUCAUUGUCAUAGACAAAAUCAAAUCUGCAAGCAUUGCAGACAGAUGCGGUGCAUUGCAUGUAGGAGACCAUAUUCUGUCCAUUGAUGGCACCAGCAUGGAGUACUGUACUUUGGCAGAAGCAACGCAGUUCUUGGCUAAUGCAGCAGAUAAUGUCAAACUUGAGAUCCUGCCUCACCACCAGACACGUCUUGCACUUAAAGGACCAGAACAUGCAGCUUUGGUGUCUUCAUCCUUCUCUCCUACCUCCAUGAGUGCAUACAGCCUGAGUUCCCUGAACAUGGGGACCUUACCUCGCAGCCUCUACUCCACCAGCCCGCGUGGGACAAUGAUGAGGCGGAGGAUGAAAAAGAAGGACUUCAAAAGCUCCUUGUCUUUAGCCUCUAGCACUGUUGGUUUGGCUGGGCAGGUCGUCCACACAGAAACCACAGAAGUGGUGCUGACAGCUGACCCCAUUGUAGGGUUUGGGAUACAGCUCCAGGGUAGCGUGUUUGCUACAGAGACCUUGUCUUCUCCGCCUCUCAUUUCCUAUAUUGAGUCUGACAGUCCGGCAGAAAGGUGUGGGGUCCUGCAAAUAGGAGACAGAAUAGUGGCAAUAAACGGUGUCCCGACAGAAGACAGCACGUUUGAUGAGGCCAAUCAGCUGCUCAGGGACUCCUCUAUCACCAACAAGGUCACUCUGGAAAUAGAGUUUGAUGUUGCAGAAUCAGUUAUACCAAGCAGUGGAACAUUUCAUGUAAAGCUACCAAAGAAGCAUAAUGUGGAACUUGGCAUCACCAUAAGUUCUCCAUCCAGUAGAAAACCAGGAGACCCUCUGGUUAUUUCUGAUAUCAAGAAAGGAAGUGUUGCUCACAGAACUGGGACACUAGAACUGGGUGAUAAGUUGCUUGCAAUAGAUAACAUUCGACUUGACAAUUGCUCAAUGGAGGACGCUGUCCAGAUCCUUCAGCACUGUGAGGACCUUGUAAAGCUAAAGAUCCGCAAAGAUGAAGAUAAUUCUGAUGAACAGGAGAGCUCUGGAGCAAUUAUUUAUACUGUUGAGCUCAAGCGCUAUGGUGGGCCUCUUGGAAUUACGAUUUCUGGUACUGAAGAGCCCUUUGAUCCCAUAAUCAUUUCCAGCCUUACAAAAGGAGGAUUAGCUGAAAGGACUGGGGCAAUUCACAUAGGAGACAGAAUCCUAGCAAUAAACAGCAGCAGCCUGAAAGGAAAACCGUUGAGUGAAGCCAUUCAUUUAUUACAGAUGGCAGGAGAAACUGUCACCUUGAAAAUCAAGAAGCAGACAGAUGCUACCAGUCCCAAGAAAUUUUCUGUCCCUGGUCACAUAAGUGAACUCAGUGAUGCUGAAGAUGAGACCUCAACUGCACAGAAAUCUGGCAAACUCUCAGACAUCUACUCCACUACAGUCCCAAGCGUUGACAGCGCAGUAGAGUCGUGGGAUGGCUCUGGUAUUGACACCAGCUUCGGAAGUCAAGGAACCAGCUAUCAGGCUUCGGGAUACAACUUCAAUGCCUAUGAAUGGAGGAGUCCUAAACAGAGGGGCAGUUUGUCCCCUCCAAAUAGACCACGAAACCACCCAUUUCAUGACACGGGUUUGAGUGAUGAUGAAUGGGAUCGAUCUACGGCAAGUGGCACAGCUUCCAAGAAUAUGUGGCAACAGAAAGAGACUGAAACAUUGGCAGAGAAUCAAGAAAACCAUUUAAAGCAGACUUCUGUAGAAAGAUCAGGGGGAGAAAGCAUAAGGAGCGUGAAGAAAGAGAGCAAGCAGUGGAAAAGUGCCUCUGGCGGGCAAAGGAAAGGUGGGGGACAGCUGGAAGAGUGGAAUACUUCCAGCUUUGCAGGUACCCAUGAUAACACCGAGGCUGACCAGGAGGAAAAUUUCUGGUCUCAGGCUCUGGAGGAUUUAGAGACCUGUGGCCAGUCAGGAAUUCUGAGGGAACUAGAGGCAACAAUUAUGUCAGGAAGUACAAUGAGUUUGAAUCAGGAGAACCCACAACCUCGUAACCAGCUGGGAAGACAAGCCAGCUUCCAGGAAAGAAGUACUGUAAGGCCACAUUACAGUCAAGCUACCCGUAGCAACACAUUGCCAUCAGAUGUGGGGAGAAAGUCCGUGGUUCUGAAAAAAAUUAAGCAAGAAAUGAAAGAAAUCAUGUCACCAACUCCUGUGGAGUUACACAAGGUAACUUUGUACAAGGACUCUGAUGGAGAGGAUUUUGGGUUCAGUGUCUCGGAUGGUUUAUUGGAAAAAGGAGUAUAUGUUAAAAAUAUUCGACCGGCUGGACCUGGGGAUCUGGGCGGUUUAAAACCGUAUGACAGACUUCUGCAGGUAAACCAUGUUCGGACCAGAGACUUUGACUGCUGCCUAGUUGUGCCCCUCAUCGCUGAAUCUGGCAAUAAGCUGGAACUGGUUAUUAGCAGAAACCCACUGGCAUCUCAGCAAGGAAGCGCAGAACAACCAACUUCAGCAAGCGAGGACUGGAGCCAUCAGACUAAUGCCUUCCUUCAGCAGACGGGACACGCUGUCAACACAGAGACACGGGAGCCUACGAAUACGUUAUAGCAGUAAAUCAUUUCAGUGGGACAUUUGGUAGUGAAAGACAAUUAUGGUGCUAAAUCCCUUUAAGACUUUUCUGAGACUGAGGCUCAGAUGUCAUAUGGCACUAAAAAGCACAGGAGGAUCAGUCUGUCCGUCUCAAGGCUUAUAUUCAUGGUCACUUUUGAAAGCCUUUAAUUUGUAGUUUAGUCAUUGCAUUCUAAACAGUCUACCAUUAGCAACAGUGAAUAAAAAAACAUAAAGGCCUGCCCCCACCCCCACACCCCAAAUAAGAAAGCAGGGAGAUAAUUUAAAUAUGAUUUAAAUGUUCCUUUCCCUCAAACAGCUUCUGUGCUUUGAGGGAAAAGCAUGGAGUUAAUCUCUCAUAAUGGUGUCCAGGUUAUACUGUUCUUAUAAACACUUUUUAGCUGCCAACGACUGUCUGAGGAUGAGCAAGGACAGCAUGUUGCACCGUGUUUUCUUAUAAAUUGGUUAGAACAGGAAUUUUGGGGAACAUCAUUAUUCCACUGGCAGUUGUUGUCUUCAGACAAAGCACUGCUGAGACAUUUUAACAAAAUUCAUGUAGGAAGCUGCAGUAUGUGAUGAACAUUAUCCCCCCACUGCAGUAAAUUUUUAUUAGAAUAUAUGUUAUUCCCUAUGCAAUGAAUUAUUUAAUGAUACAUCUUGCAACCAGUUAGUUUUUUUUUUUUUUUUAAGCAGAGACCUUUUCAACAUUGGGAUAAAACAUCUGAAGAAUUACUGAUGAGUAAAACUGAAAUGAGUUUAGACAAAUUAGAAAGGUUUUAAAGAAACAUGAUUUUUUAACUAUAUCCAAGAUUGAUGUAAAAGCUCUUUAAUGAUCGAUGUUACAUAUGAGCUCUCUUUGUAAGUCAAACAAUUUCUUGAGGGGACUAAAGUCCAUUUAAAUAAGCUUAGUUUUCAGCCUUCUUUAUGAUAAAUGUAUCCCCCACAACACAUUUUUAGAAUUUAAAAAUUGUAAAUACGUUUUACAAACACAUCACACACCUUCUCUCCUACUCCCACUCCCCCACCCCAAAGCAAUAAAAUACUGCCAGUUGCUUUAUAAGCUCACCAGCAGCUGCUGUGGUUUAUUCCAGUAUUCAAAUUGUUAUGGUAAUUAUUGUUAUUGGUGAAUAUAAAGAUACUGGAUUUGUACAUUUGUAGAGUCUCCAUAUCUAAGCAACCACCUUACAGAGUUUUCUGGUCAAUUUAAACUGUCUAACUGUAUCGGUAUUGCUGUUUCCCAUAAAUGAACAAGCUCACUUGCCCUGCACACACAAGUACGUCUGAUUUGUAUUUCAGCACUGCUGGAAAUGACAUUCAAUGCUGAAUCAUGUAAAAAUAAUGUUCAUGAGUCACUUAAAUAUGUAUUUUUAUUUGUAACAAAUAAGUAUUAAACUGUAAAGUAUUUUUGUACAAAUUUAAUACUUUAAUAGCAUGAUAUUUAU